UUCGUUUCGCUGGUCGUUUUAGGCAAAUUUCUUCCUGUUCGUAAAAGUAACGGCUACGAUCUCCUUCUAGCUUCAUUUACAAUCCAUAUGGUCCCACAAGAACCAAAUCGAUAGUUCCAUCUCUAAAUUUUCUCUUCUCCUCUCUGCUUCAAAAUGGGAACGAGAAGCCAGAACAAGCCCCCUCUCAGCAGCGCACCUCCUAGCAGUCCUUCAAAUGUAAGAGGAAAGAUAACAUUGAUGAGAUCCCAAUAGACAAACGUCGGAGGGUUGGAUCUGGAAAGAUGGUAGGACCGGCGAAUAGUGGUCGCACUCGUCAAGCUUUCUCUGUAGUGAAUGCUGGUCAAGAUCUUGCUACAGCCGGUGAUCCGGCUAGUACUGCUAGCUCUGAAUGUGGCGGCAUUGAAUUUACAUUAGAGGAUGUAGAAGCAAUACUCAAUGAGAAGAUGAAAGGGAAGACAAAAUUUGAUUACAAGGGAAAAUGUGAACAGAUGACUGAGUAUGUCAAAAAGCUGCGCCUUUGUCUCAAAUGGUUCCUAGAACGUGAGGAUAACCAUGUCUUAGAGCAUGAGAAGCUUAAGAAUAUGGUAGAAUCUACUGAGAAAGAGCGUACUGAACUUGAGAUGCAAAUGAAAAGCAAAGAAGAAGAAUCCAACAGUAUUAUUGCAGAACUUAGGAAAAAUUACGCUUCUUUAGAGGCCAAAUGUACUAAGGAAGAAGCAGAUAAGUUGGCUGCAAUUAAUUCUCAUAGACGAGAAAAGGAUGCUAGAGUGUCUGCUGAAAGUGCACAAGCUUCUCUGUCAAACGAGCUCAAAAAGACUCGUGAAGAGCUGUCCAGUGCUAAUCAAAAGAUAUCAGCUGUUAAUGAAAUGUACAAGCGAUUGCAAGAAUAUAACACAAGCUUACAACAAUACAACAGCAAACUGCAGACAGAGGUCGCAUCAGCCAAUGAAACCCUUAAGCGUGUCGAAAAGGAAAAGUCUGCAAUUGUAGAGAAUCUAAGCACCUUAAGGGGUCACUAUAAUUCAUUGCAGGAUCAAUUGACUUAUUCCAGAGCUUCACAGGAAGAAGCUAUCAAACAAAAAGAAGCAUUGGUGAAUGAAGUGGGUUCCCUCAGAGGAGAGCUCCAACAAGUGAGGGAUGAUCGUGAUCGUCAACUAUUGCAGGUGCAGACACUAUCAGUUGAGGUAGUAAAGUACCAAGAGAGUACAGGGAAAUCAUCUGCCGAGUUGGAUAACAUGAUGAUAAAAUCUAGUGCUUUGGAGGAUACAUGCUCUUCACAGAGAGAUCAAAUACAGAUACUGCAGCACCAGUUAGCAGCUGCAAAUGAGAAACUGCAGAGAGUCGAUAUGUCAGCCUUGCAGACAAGGACUGAAUUUGAAGAGCAAAAGAAAAUGGUUGAAGAUUUAAACAAUCGUCUAGCAGAUGCUGAGCUUCAAAUUAUUGAAGCAGACAAGCUACGCAAAAAAUUGCACAACACCAUUCUGGAACUAAAAGGGAAUAUCAGGGUCUUCUGCAGAGUGCGACCCUUCUUGCCGGAAGAUGGUGCUAGAUCAGACAUGGCUGUUAUUUCUUAUCCUACUUCAACAGAAGCCCUUGGAAGGGGCAUUGAUGUAGUGCAAAACGGGCAAAAACAUCCUUUUACAUUUGAUCAAGUAUUCACUCAUGAGGCAUCGCAACAGGAUGUUUUUGUGGAAAUUUCACAGCUAGUGCAAAGUGCCCUAGAUGGCUAUAAGGUUUGCAUUUUUGCCUAUGGUCAGACUGGUUCUGGUAAGACUUAUACCAUGAUGGGGAAUCCAGAAGCUGCAGAGCAGAAAGGGCUAAUACCUCAAUCUUUGGAACAGAUAUUUCAAAUAAGCCAGUCACUCAUAUCCCAGGGAUGGAGAUACAAAAUGCAGGCCUCAAUGUUGGAGAUAUACAAUGAGACAAUCCGUGAUCUGCUUUCAACUAAUCGAUCCAAUGGUCCAGACAUUUCACGGGCAGACAAUGGUGUAGCUGGAAAGCAGUAUGCAAUUAAACAUGAUGCAAAUGGCAACACAUAUGUCUCUGAUCUUACAAUUGUUGAUGUCUGUAGCAUCACCGAGAUAUCCUCUCUUCUAAGGCAGGCAGCACAGAACAGGUCUGUGGGCAAGACCCAAAUGAAUGAGCAAUCUUCCAGAAGUCAUUUUGUAUUCACCUUACGGAUAUCUGGUGUUAAUGAGAGUACGGAACAACAAGUUCAAGGUGUACUCAACCUUAUUGAUCUUGCUGGAAGCGAAAGACUUUCUAAGAGUGGAUCAACGGGGGACCGACUCAAAGAAACUCAGGCCAUCAACUUAAGUUUAAAAUGCUUAAGUGAUGUCAUAUUUUCCCUUGCUAAGAAGGAGGACCAUAUACCUUUCAGAAAUUCGAAGCUUACUUAUCUUCUUCAGCCUUGCUUAGGGGGGGACUCCAAGACUCUGAUGUUUGUCAACAUCUCACCCAGUCCAUCAUCAGUGGGAGAGUCACUUUGUUCUCUUCGAUUUGCUGCCAGAGUUAAUGCUUGUGAGAUUGGGAUUCCCCGGCGUCAGACUAAUAUGCGACCUUUAGAUUCUCGCUUGAGUUAUGGUUGAAGGUGGUACUGGUUCAUUCUUCCAUCCUUUGUUGGGUGAAUAUAAAUUAUUGUAGGCGAAACAGUAGGUCUUUCUAACUGAUUGUAAUCUGUAUAGUGAAGCAUUAUGUUUGUAUCAGUAAAUGAGGGUGUCUUGUUGAGUGAUCAUAUCUGUAUUCUAAGAGUUCUUAGUUCUUUUUUAGUAUCUGCUCUUUGGUAUAUCCUUUUUUUUUCACCUUAUAAAGAUAUGUGAUUGGUUCAAUGUAAUUCAGCAACUAUAUUUGAAGCUUUGGGCCUCUCUGUUAUCCCUGGAGUUGAUUUCAGGACUCCAGCUUUGUAUUUGCAUCAUAUUUGAUUAAAUGCUCAUCCUAUUUGGA